CCAAAAACAAAAGGGAGAGAAUAUGGUGCUGUGUGAUUAAGGCUUUGCUACUCCUUUACACUGUGACCGAUUUUACUCAUGUGUAGUAGGGCGCGAGGAGACACACGUCUCUUCUCAUGUAAUUUCGAAUGUUCAGCUGGUCUAUCAGUGUGUGUAGGCUUUAAUUAGGACAGCACACAGUCUCCUCUGACUAAUGUGAAUUAGAACUGGAUCGAAUCUAGAAUCUAGGGUGUGUAGGUGACUUGUUUGUGGGUCUCCUAUUUCCGUCACGGCCAGUUGCUGCAUUCACAACAAAUCUUUCACGAUGUGGAUAAAUUACUAAGGAUUUAUAAAUAUUUGCUGUGCUAGCUUCACGGGAUGGCGAUUUCUGUGAUAUUGUUAACAGUUAUCCUCGUGGAUGCUCUAAGUCUGCACGUGAAUCUCAGGACCAAUGGCCUGCCAGUAGAUAUGUCCUUGACCUUCUCCGACGACUUGAUUUCCGGUUCUGUACCCACCACAAACAUCAUCAAAGGCUUUCCUAAUGUGCAUUCUUCGGCUCUGAUUUUUUCCUCCAACACCGCUCGAUCUAAAAAAUCAGCGGACGAAUCUGGCACAGUGAAGCGAAUUCUGAAUGGAGGAAUAUUCAGGGAAGCGAUACUCCAAGAGCAGUCCUCCAAGGGCAUUAAGCCAGACGUGCCAGCACACUCGGAAAGGAUAUUAGAGCCCCUGUUUAGGACUAAGCGGGAAUCGGAUGUAGAAGAUAAUGAUGACCUGCCGUCUUGGGACGCACCGAAAUAUCGUCUGGCGAUUCAGGUGAAUAACGUGGACACAAGCUCUAACCGCAGCAUUGACUCCACCAUUAGACGCCUCAAGUUGGCGCUGUCAUCAGAACUGCCCUGGGUGGUCAAGGACAUUCACGAGGACAGGAUCACCUUUGCAGACGGCAUAAUUGAAUUCUACUUUGAGAAUCCAUUAGGCCAGAGAGUUCCGGUCCAGGACCUGAUCACAGAUGACCUACUCACACGACUCGGCAAACAUGUUCCAGAUCUGGGACUUGUGGAGGUCUCAGGGGAGAAAAAUCUGGCCAUCAAACAGCAUUACGAGCCAUUUUGGACAAAACCUUUUUUUCCUUAUACAGUAGCUGGAGUCUCGGUAGUAAUCGUUUUGACGGUCGUCUUGAUCGUCUACCUUUGUUGCUGCAGAGAUGGGAAAAAGAAAGAGUUUUCAGAUGAAGAGAUUGUGGUGGGACACAGCAUUUAUUACCCUGCCCUGAAACCCGAGUUGACUAUUCCUACUCCUGUGCAGCCUGAUUCACCUGUCCCCAUUUUUACAGCUGCUGGUGUCAGCACCCCUGUGCCUGCACAGCCAGUUAGAAUUAAAGCAAAAGGGUUAUUAGAAAGACGAGGCUCCAACGCUUCUCUUACAUUAGACCUUAAUCCUACAAGUGAUCUUGGCAGAUGGGAAGGUACACCUCCAAAGGAAAGCACAGCCCUUGAAUAUCUUAUGUCUGCUGGAAACAGGCUUAGCAGACGUGACCUUCGCAAUGCAGUUAAAUAUACCAAAAUCUUGUAUGAGGAGUUUUGGGAAAUUCCAAUGAAUCAUACAGAGAAAGUCUCAGUGGCUGGCUCAGGAACCAAAAACAGAUAUAAAACAAUAAUUCCAAAUGAGCAUAGUCGUGUUUUGUUGCCAGACAUUGACAAUGACCCACUAAACUCAUACAUCAAUGCAAAUUACAUCAGAGGUUACGAAGGAGAGAGCAAAGCCUAUAUAGCAACUCAGGGCCCCAUGGCUCACACAGUUAUGGACUUUUGGAGAAUGAUUUGGUUGGAAAAGUGUCCAAUCAUUGUUAUGAUUACUAAAUUAAAAGAAAAAAGCAAGUCAAAAUGUGAGAACUACUUGCCCGAGAGAUGGGGCGUGUAUGGCGACAUAGAAGUUGUUAUAGAUAAGAUUGUCUUUAAGAGAGGAUAUAUUGUACGACACAUCACACUCAGAUACAACGGAGAGAGUCAGACAGUGCUACACUAUUGGUACACAGCCUGGCCUGACCACAAGCCACCCGAUUCACCACACAUGCUCCUAGAUUUGGUGAAAGAGGUGGAGUUGCGACGUUAUCAGCCCAAUGAUCUGGCACCCAGAGGGCCUGUCUGUGUCCACUGCAGUGCUGGCAUUGGUCGAACUGGCUGUUUUAUUGCCAUAAGUAUAGGAAUACGACAGCUUAGAGAAGAGCAUUCUGUUGAUGCAUUAGGCAUUGUUUGUGCUAUGAGAAUAGACAGAGGUGGCAUGAUACAGACCCAUGAGCAGUACGACUUUGUCCAUCAAGCCUUGGCAGCAUACGAGAGGGAGCUAGGAGAGCCUUCAGUCCAAUCUAUCACCGCCCUGACCACAGAAUGUGUCACCACACCCUGAGGAUAGUCUCCCUCUGUGCACAUUAGUUCUAAAGUGUUUCCUGCCUGGACUGGCGUAAUUUGGCUAAGUUUUUACCCUCAGGAUCAAGUAUUUACAAAGUACAUUAACAAUCUGAAGGUUUUAUACGCAAAGUAUGAUAAAGUGGAUGAAUCUUUGUAUCCUGUGUAUUUUAUUUUCUAUUUCUGAGGGUAGAACCUAACUUUCCCCGGUCCUGGUUGCUGUUGAUGUUGUCCAACUAGAUAGCCUGUUUCUCUGUUUCCUCAUUUCUGUAAGAAAUGUAGAACUCUUGAUGACUGCAUCUGAUGUCUAGAUGAUUGUGGGAGAUUUAAGGUUGAAUAUUUCUGUUGAUAUCCUUCUUAACAGUGAAUCAAAACCAUUCUAUAAUGUCCAACUAGUUUAAUGGAAUAAUGAAUGUAUUUAUCGACAGGACAAUGUAUAUACGUAACAGCUUUGACUUUUUGUUAUUUUAAAGUCUAAAGCUAGCCACAAACUAAGCGUCUUUUUCAUACUAACAUUUCCAAAAUUAUAUUUGUGAAUCUUUCUCUGUUAAGCAUUCUAUAUACAAAACCUAGACAAAUGUACAAUAUGAUUCUUACAAUACUACUAAUGAUAAUGGCAAUGUCUUUGAUUCAGAAGAUCAAGGAUGAGUGCAGUGUUUCACAUGACUACGAAAAUCCAGUUGCAACCUGCAUAUUUUUCCACGUCUCUUGCAGACAAAGCUGUUGUUUGCUGGAGGUCUAUUUAAGUUUACUGAUUUUGAACAUAUCUUGUUCUAAGCAUUAAGCAAUAGUUUGGACAAUUCUGCCAUUAUGAGUCACCUUAUUAUCUAAACAAACUAAACUACUAUAUAAUGACACAUUUAAAGUCAGGCAGGAUGAAGAUUAGAAAUUUCUUUGUACUAAUAGGCAUGAAAGUUUGGGAGAAUUUCACAAGGGUCUUACUUGUACCUGUUCAAGUUUUUGUUAACUUGCAAGUAUGUCUAAUAAUUUAAAUACUUUUACAAUGCUGUUUGCCUUUUCUUGAGUCAUAUAUCUUAAAGAAUAACUCAUUUAGUGUAAUAAAGGAAUUAAACCAAGUGAUUUAAGUAUUGAGAGACAUUAUGGAAUCACAAUUUAACACUGAUAAUUUGCUCAACAUUCCAGGAUGUAAUUUUUUUUUCCUGUUAGAUUUCACCAAUUAUUAUAUACAUUUAACAUUUUAAGUGUGCAGAAAAUUGUAUCUUUAGAAUAGUGGAAUGAUUGUAAAGAUAAAAACUUGAUUAAUCAGCCAAUGUUUUGUUGUCAGUGUCCUACUUAAUGUACUGUUGCCUGGAAUGCUUAAAUUGACUUACUUAAAGUUGUGUACAUUCAGCUCACUUGUAAAAAGAAAUUCCUGUAUGGGUAAUCUAACGUCUGUCUUGAAAGAGGACAGCUCUACUUUUUUGUAUUGCAACUUGUUAUUUAUAUUUCUUGUUUGAAUCUUAGUGGUCAAAAGGUUGUUAUAUACACUUUGUUAUGUUUGUGUCUGAUCUUAUUAUAUUCAAAACAAAACUUUGUAAUUUAAUAAGAAGUUGAGGAUACUAGAUCUUAUCUUAUAAAAUACAUAGGUAAAUUUAACAAAUGUGAGCAGUUAAAGCAACAAAUAAGUACCAUUGAACUGUUUUUUUUUUUUCUGUACUGUAUAGCUGAGUGAUUACCAAUCUAAAGUUUUAGGUUUUAGUCCUAAUAGACAUGUCAAUUCUUUUUUUUAGUAGAUUAUGACUGAUGUUUUGUUUUAGUACAAAAAGUCAAAUUUUGAAGCAAUGUGGUUGAGAAACUGUGUAACACCCUCAUAACCAGUGCAUUAAAAAUAUCUUCUGCCC